AUGAUAAAUGAAUUAUCUUCUACUAUUCCUGAACCCGAAUGCGAAUUUCGACCAUUGGCAGAAGAUUUUCUGAAAGAAACUGUCCUAAGUCCUACUGACGCUUUCAGGGCUUAUUUUUCAGAAGAUUUAUUGAGUCAGAUUGUCACCGAAACAAAUCGGUAUUCUAUGCAAAAGCUUGUUCACAACCUCAAUGCCACUCCUGAAGAAAUCAUUACUUUUGUCGGGGUUAUGCUGCUGCCAGGUUACCACCCUCUUCCAUAUAGAAGACUCUACUGGAAACAGGAUCCAGAUGUACAUUCAAAAUUAGUUUCCGAUGCAAUCCGUCGGAAUCGUUUCGAUGAACUCAUGAGUUUCAUCCGCCUAGCUAACAAUGAAACUAAUGAUGGCACAGAUAAAAUGUAUAAGGUGCGACCUCUUUUUGAUCACCUCAACAACUGCUUCAAACAAAUCAUUCCUGGACCCACUCUUAGCGUCGACGAGAGCAUGAUUCCCUAUUACGGAAAGCAUGGAUGUAAACAGUUCAUUCGCGGCAAACCGAUCAGAUUUGGCUUCAAGUUAUGGGUUGCUGCGGAUCCUUCUGGGUACAUCCAUCAUGUUGAACCCUAUUGUGGUAGUUCAACUCGUCUUCCAGAAACUGGUCUUGGUCAAGGAAGUGAUGUAGUCGUUGGAGUUGUUGACCACAUGAAAUUGCCAAAGGGGAUUCGACUCUACUUUGACAAUUUAUUCACAUCCGUUGGUUUGUUGGAAGAGCUCAGUCGCAGAGGAAUUGGUGGCACUGGUACUCUGCGUGAGAAUCGUUGCAAUGUUGCAAUGAGGCUACCAGAUAAAAAAACGUGGAAGAAUAAACCAAGAGGUGAAACAGCCACUAGUUCUUCUGGAGAUAUUCUGGCAGUCCGUUGGAAUGACAACAACGUUGUUACAGUGCUUACUAACUGCGAUAAUGUAUACCCCAUGGCUAAAUCCAAUCGAUACUCCAGAACUGCUAAGAAACCCAUUCCUGUCAAAGUACCAGGUCCCAUUGCUCGUUACAACAGUAACAUGGGUGGAGUAGAUCUUUCUGAUCAAUUUCUGGCAUCCUACCGAAACAGAAUCAGGUCAAAAAAAAUGGUGGUGGUCCUAUUUCUCGUGGACCGUGGAUGUAUGCUGCACACAAGGCUGGUUACUGUAUCGUCGCCUUGGUCACGAUAUUCCUCUAUUGGAUUUCAGACGUCAGUGUGCAAUGUUCAUUCUGAAGUCCUCCGAUGA